AUGGUAAGUUAAGGUUAAUACUUGAGUAAUUAGUUUAGUUUGGUGUCAUACACGAGUGUAUCAAGCAGCUGUUCAUCUCACUACGAUGUGAAGAGGCUUACAAGGAAGUACUGUAAGUUAGAACCAUUAGUGUUAAAAGUAGUUGGUCUAGAUACUGUUUUAUCCUAACAAUAAAGUGAUUUUUUAGAAAAUUCAUAAAUAUUUUUACAUAUUUUUUAUUUCUUCAUACUUUGUCAACGAAGUACUACUAAAUUAAACCAAAAUUGUUUAAUGUUAUUGUACACAAUGGCCAUCAUCGACAAUUUAUACGCGUUUCAGGGCGCAAGCCGGCUUCGAAAUGGGUAAAGAAAACAUGUUUUUUCAUUACUACGAGGACUCUGACAGUAUGGCCAUCAUAGACAAUAUUUGCCUUCAUACCAGUAUGUUUUGUCAUAUUUCCAAAUAUUGUGCAUUAUUAUAUUAUCAUAAUUUAAAAUAUAUUUAUCUUUUCUCAUUAACUCAGUUUUAUAUUGAAGCUCUAUAGAUAUUACAAUCGCUUUAUGUCUAGUAAUUGCAAGACCAUGAUGACAAGUAUUGUUGCAGAAAUGGGCCGAGAAGAGAUCUGGGAGUUGUUCGGAGCCUUUUUCGUGAACUGGAUCAUGGACCAAGGGUGGGGUGGUCUUCUGCGAACUCUUAGUCCAGACUUGAAAGGAUUCGUCAACAAUCUGGAUUCUCUUCAUUACUUUGUAGAUCACGUUGUCUACAAAGCCAACUUGAAAGGGCCUUCCUUCCGAUGUGAGGUCAACAAGGAUGAUUCGAUCACUUUACAUUACUUUUCCGAGAGAUCUGGACUAUAUCCUAUUGUCAAAGGUAUGGCACUUCGAUUAAGUAUUGAUUAAAAGUGUUAUUUAGAAUAUGCAGAUAUGCAAUUGUACUUCUUCUAUGCAUUAGAACUAGAUGUUUACUUCUACAGUCAUUUUGAUUUUAGGUAUUAUUAGGGAAGUCGGGAAGAAAUUGUACAAACUCGAUGUCAAUAUCACGCUGCUGGGUAGAACACAAAGAAGUGUGCAAGUAGGACAAAAAGAACGGCUGGAAGAACAUGUUAUUUUCUUGAUCAGGGUAUGUUAAAGUCAUAAAUAUUUUAAAUGAUUCAUAAAAAGUAGAAGUUUGUACAAGUACUACUAAAAAAUGUAUUAAAACAAUGUGAAUAAACCCAGAAUUACCUAAAACAUUACUUUAAAACAAUUUAGAGUAACACGGUUGCUUCACUAGACUCCAGAGCCAGUAGUGCGUUGAGUAACUACAACUUGUUUGACGUGGAAGAGAUCAUCAACCAAUGGACGAUGAGGAUCAGCCAGAAGGACUUCUGCACGCUGCAGCCUUAUCACUUCAUCAUGGACAGAGAUUGUCGUCUGGUUCAGAUUGGCAACGAACUGAUAAGGUUCUACCCUCCGGAUUCCAUCCAGCUGGGAAUGCCGAUUCUGAAGUUGGUCGAGAUCCAACGUCCUCAGAUCCCGUUGGACUACGAUAACAUCCUCAACUUCAUCAACGCUGCUUUCGUGCUUCAGAUACGGCCACAGAGAAGUACUGACACGGAUGUUGCACACAGCAGGUCACAGUAAGUUGGCUCGUUUCAUACUGUCAUUUUUAUGAUUUUUGAAGUUUUGAAAGCUUAUUAUCUUCUUGCUUUAUCUGAUAUUACGGUCCUUUAGGACAGAAUCACGGUCUCCUGAAAUAGACGCCUUCCGGUAUGGUACCGUGGUGAAGUUGAAGGGUCAGAUGAUGCCGUUGAGUAACGGGGAACACAUGAUAUAUCUCGGCUCUCCGUACGUUACCACAAUACCUGAACUUCUGACGAACUCCCUUCGAUUGAGUUCUUUCCCGUUGCACGAUGCCACCAGAGAUCUGAUUCUGUUGAAUCAGCAGAGACUCAACGAUGUGGAUGACAAGUAAGUGGGUUUUGAAGUAACUAUAACAGAUGUUUUAUUACGUAACUAUCAUAGUGUACAUGUUACUAACGGUUUGUUACAGCAUACAAUUAGAAGCCAACAACGAACGUCUAGAAGAGAUGGCUUCUGAAAUCGAGUUGGAAAAGAAGCGAAACGAGACACUGCUAAAGGAAGUUCUGCCUGUUUCUGUAGCUGAACAGCUGCUACAAGGUGCUUCUGUUGAUGCACGUAAGUCUUUUAGGUCAUAAUAACUGGACUCAAAUGAAUUGUCAUCAUUACCUAUCAAACGUUCAUCACGUUAAUCAUUUAAUAACUUUUUAGGAGAGUAUCCACUAGCUACAGUUAUGUUUGUGGACUGUCCCAGAUUCCAGACGAUUGUACCAUUAUGUCAGCCACGACAGUUGGUGUCUCUGCUCAAUGACCUGUUCACCAAGUUCGAUCGUCUUGUGUCCAUGCACAAUGUAAUGUUAAUACUUUUGUAAAUAUACAAUGAUGUAUAUAUGUUGUUGUAGUUCAUAUACAAAGAUAUAGAUAUAUGUUAGGGUAAUUCGUUUACUUUAGCUUUUCAAUCCUAACUUCAGGUGUACAAAGUGGAGACAGUUGGAGACUCCUACAUGACAUGUGGAGGUCUACCAGACGAGAACACUGUCCAUUGUGAGCAGAUCUGUCACUUGGCAUUGGGUAUGUUGUGGGAGGCGCAAGAGACGACCGAUCCGGUCGAGAAUCAGCCACUUUCUGUCAGAUGCGGAGUUCAUUCUGGAGCUGUCGUAGCAGGAGUCAUCGGGGUCAAGAUGCCACGGUACUGUCUGUUUGGAGAUACGGUAAACACGGCGGCUAGAAUGGAAAGCCAUUCUUUGGUGGGGAGGAUACAUUGCAGUAGUGCGGCUAAAAAGUAGGUCGAGGCAUAUCUAUAUCUACUACAACAUUGGGGACUGAAAUUAUUUGAGUAAUAAUGGGUAUAUAUGUUGCAAAACAUAUAGUAAUAUUAUGGUAAGUGUAAUAUAUUUACAGAUCUGCUGAAGAGUUUGGUAGAUUCGAAUUCCACUCCAGAGGCACGAUACCCAUCAAAGGCAAAGGUCGGAUGGAGACCUACUUCUUGGCCAAAAGUCUCAAAAAGUCUGUUUGGGAACUGAUCGGCCGUCCAAGAAGUGAGUAUAGCGGAGCUGUCUUACCGAGAGUAAUACAGUAUAUCUUAAAAAGCGUGGAAGUCUAAAAUACUCUCAGAAACGUAUCUUUGAUUACUAAAUGACUCAACUGUAACGUUUUAGACCCAAACAUUCACAGUAUCGAUGGGUACGACGAGCUGAUGCACGGUAUUGAAUCAGACUUGAAGACGGCACGCGAUGAUACCAAGAAUACAAAAACAUGCUCCAUACUGUAA